CAUUCUGUUCCCGUGUUGCAGUUGACGGUUAGCAGGUCGGACCGUUGUGAGCGGAGUCGGCGACGAACUGAGCGCAUCAUGGCCGGACCCAGGAGAGCGGCGCCGUCGCUGCUGCUCUUCUACCUCCUGACAGGAUGGACCCACUGCUUACAGAUCCUUCCUGGUCCAGCACCCGAGGAGAAAGCUGUCGGUGACAGUAUAAGGUUGGAUUGCCGCUUCACAGUGGACAGUACUGACAUUGGUCCAUUGGACAUCGAAUGGUCGCGGACACCCCCUGAUCCAACGUCUUCCCCGAUCAUUAUCAUUGACUAUUCUGGAGACAGGCCCUACGAAACCCGCGUGGAGGACAUGAAAGGCCGCGUGCACUUCAGUUCACCAGAUCCCAAAAAUGGCGAUGCGUCCAUCAACAUCACACGGCUAAGGUCCAGCGAUUCCGGAAUGUACCACUGCAAGGUGAAGAAGUCUCCCGGUUCGAAGACCAAGCCAGUGAGGCUAGAAGUUUCAAUGAAGCCAUCGCCUCCAAAAUGUUUUGUGGACGGGAGCCAGGAGGUUGGAAAGGAUGCAGUCCUGAAAUGUUCAAGCGAGGGCACCCCUCCCAUCACAUACAUCUGGACCAAACAAGGAUCGAUGCACCUUCUUCCUUCCACAGCAGUCGCAGAUAUAUCAGCUGGAACACUGAAAGUGCUGAACGCCACAACGGAUUACUCCGGUGAUUAUAAGUGCAUCGCAAGGAACAGAGUUGGAAGUUCAGAAUGCGUCGUCAGAUUUUCUGUGUCGUCCUCCUCAAACAACGGUGGGAAGAUAGCGGGAGCCAUUAUUGGAGUUUUGCUCGCUUUGCUGUUGAUUGCCUUUGUCGUCUGGUUCUGCCUUCGGAAGAAGAAGAAGACUACUUAUGAGAAGGAGCAGCCUUUCGAAAUACGGGAAGAUGUUCCUCCCCCAAAGAGCCGGGUUUCCACAGCCCGCAGUUACACAGUGGACUCCCAGCGUUCGUCUCUAGGCUCAAUGUCUCCCUCCAACAUGGCGCCUUACAAGUCCCACUACGACCGACUGGCCACAGAUGAGCUCGAGCGCCCCUCAGCUCAGAGCCCAUCCUUGACUCCAUCGUACAAGGUAGCCGCUCCGAGUCUGAACCGAAUGGGGGCUGUCCCAGUUAUGAUUCCAGCACAGCACCGUGAUGGUUCCAUUGUGUAGCAACUGACACCCCGUUUUCCCACCCACUGAACCCCAAACCCUCCCCACACCUGACCCAAAAUAAAUCCAGUAUCACUAGUUGCCUUUUUCCAGACUGUAUGGAUUGCAAAGGAAGUUUCUAAUUACGAAUUCUGCUGUUUGACUAGACCGAGACGAAAAUGUUCUACAAGUCCACGUGAUCAGAAAGAGUCUGGUUUAAAUCUUAAUUCUGUUUAAAUGGACAAGAGCUUUCUGUAGUUUUUUUUAUUGUAAAAAGAUUGCCUUCUUCCUGAACUAGUCGGGUGUACAAUCCCAAAUCUGAAUGCCCUUCUGUGGGUCUGUCAUGAAAAGCUUGGGAUUCGACAUAGGGGAGAGGGGAGUAAACUCCCGGAAAUCCUAAAGAUUACUAUCAACCAUGUUACAAUGCACUUAGCUCACUCUCGAGCAAGAUCUAGUUCAUUGACAGAGUCAUAGGGUACUGCAGCACAGUAUCAGGUUCUUUGGGCCAUCUAAUAUAGUGCUAAUAUAACCAUCUUCCUCAUGCCAUCUACCUGCAUCUGGACCAUAUCACUCCACGUACCCAUCCAAGCUCCUCUUAAAUAUUGCAAUUGAACCUCCAUCUGCCACUUCCACUGGCAGCUCAUUCUACACUCACAUCAGGCUCUGAAGAAGUUGCUUCUCAGAUUCUCCUUAUGAAUGUUUCACCUUUCACCCCAACCUUUAACCUCUAGUUCUAGUCAUACACAACCCGAAGGGACAACAGCUGCAAGUAUUCACCCUCUCAUCAUUUUGUCUACCUCUAUAACAGGGGUUCCCAAUCUUUUUUUUUAUGCCAUGGACCCCUACUGUUACCUGACUGGCCCAUGGACCCCAGGUUGGAAACUCCUGCUCUAUAAGAUCUCCCCUCAUUCUCCCAUGCUCCAGGGAACCCUUUCAUCCUCUCCCUGUAAGGCAGGUACUCAAGACCCAACAACACUCUUCCAAAUUUUUUCUGCACUCAUUCAAUUUUAUUGAUGUCUUUCCUGUAGUUGUGCACACAAUACUCCACAUUCUGCCUCACCAAGUUCUUGCACAACUUCAACAUAACAUCCCAACUCCUGUACACAUUGCCCUGAUUUCGGAAGACCAAUGUACUAAAAGCUCUCAUUGUGACUAUCUACUUGUGAAGCCAUUUUUCAGGGAAUUAUGGGUCUGCAUUUUCUGGAUACAGAAAUGUUGGCUCUGUGUGGUCCUCUUUGUUCUACAGUACUUCUCAGAGACCCGCCAUUCACUGUGUAAUUCCCAUCCUUACUUGUCCUUCUGAAGUGCAACUCCUCACACUUGUCUGUAUCUGUUAUUUUUAGCCUAUGUUCCCAGCUGAUCAAGAUCACGUUUUGAUAGUCUUCCUUGUCUGUGUGCUCUGGCCCACUAUGUCCACAACAGCAGUAGCUCAAGCUCCCUGGAAUUUUGCCCUGAGCUGGCAGUCAGGCAGUCACAAGGGGUAAAUGUUGCUCAAUAUGUGGUUCAUCUACCACUAUGCCUUCAGUACGUAGAGUCAUAGAAAAGUGUAGUGCAGAACUAGGCCCUUCAGCCCAUCUAGUCUGUACCUUAAUCAUACAUCCCAAAUUAUACAUCCUUUAUUAUACCACAUAAUAAGCUCCCAGAAUAAUCAAAUGUUACCUUUAUGCUGUGCAUAGUUGUACAGUGAUUGUUUUUAUUGAAUCAAAGAGAUGGCACUAAAGACCAUUCAUUGACACCAUGCUAGCUCCUAGCUAGUUCCAUUCUUCCACUCUUUUCUCACUAUAGUACAGAUUAUUCUCUCUCAAGCAUGUAUCCAGUUUUAUUUUAAAGGCUGUGGUUUUCCUACAAGCAGUGAAUCACAACUGUCGGAUGAAAAAAAAUCCUCAUGUGCCCUUGGUCAAAAUUUAAAACCUUUUCCACUCCUCCCUGAAAUGUCCACCAAUGGGAACAGUUUCCCUCUCUUCCACAUCUUGGUCAGUCUUUUGUGCUUCCAUCAAAUCCCAUUUUCUCAAGGGUGAACCUUGCAGUUUAAAUCCUUCAUUCCUGGAGAUAUUCCAACACAUGUCUCCCAGCACCUCUCUGCAGCCUGAAUGUCCUCCCAAACAUUCAUUGACAGGAAUUGGUUCCAUUGCGCCAGGCUUUGGAGGCCUAUUGCUGUUCAUUGUGGCCUGGCAUCCACUAUGCCCGUCAUUGCCCAUCUUCUGAUAUUACUGUGGUGCUGUACAGUGGCCCCAGUAUUUUGUGAUUUUUAGAUAUAUUUGACUUUGCAUUGUUGAAUCUAUUCUGGAAGUUUAUUUUUGUAUUAUUAUAUUUCAACAUUUCAUCAUUCAACGUGCAAAGAAAGUCGCUCAAAGACAAGGCAGUGCCAUCCACCCACUCAAGAUUUUCACAACCAAAGAUUCAGUGCAGGAAUAGCAGACACAAAGUUCUCCUCAUUUGCAGUUCCGUAUCGUACAGAGCUGCUGCAGGCCGACCAGGACUCCCAAAUUUAGACCUGGGCUUCUGCAGUCUAGGGCAAAGGAAAGUGAAACACAAAAAUGUUGAUUCUUUGGGAUAAUCCCCCAGCGCAGGGCACCCACUGUCUUUACCUGAAGUGGACCACCUGUGACUUCAUCAGUGUGGUCGAUACUCAGAAACACCCAACCACCCUCAAAAGUGAGCUCUGAUGACAAUAAAUAUUUGGGACAGGGAAGGACAAACAUCUGAAAUCUGGCAGGUUGCAACUCUUGUUCAAUCUUCCAUUGAAACAAAGUUUUUAUUCACUCUUAUACGAACUCAUCGACCCUGGCCUUCCCUGUCAGAUUGUGUGCUUCCUUUGAGGGGAAUUUGGAAGUACAAAGUGUAGAACAACAGCAAACAAUUCUUUAGCCCAGCCUCAUCAGAGAUCUCAAGCACAGUUUGGUAAUUUAUCGUGGAUUAAGAUUAUUAUGUAAAUUUUUGUUGUAAAUUUUAAUGUUAAAGUCGGUUGUAGAAAACUGACUUGUUGGAUUUUUAUGCUCAUUUUGUUUAACAUGGUACUUAAAAGCAGUAUCCAGCUUGAAGGAUCUGAUACUGGAGAGUGUAGCUGAGCAGAUUUUCAAUGCUCUACAUAUUUCUUGUGUGUAUACUUAGCUAAUUUAUGAUUUGUACUUGAAUAAUGUGUGGAUCCCAGGACUGACCCUUUCUUAGCCGUUGUGCACGUGGGCUUGGAUCCAAAGUUCUUUGCGUUUUCUCUUCUGUUUUUGACGUGUUUCUUUCUUCUAUUUUGAUGCAUUACAGUGUGACAUUAAUUUGAACACUACAAUACGUUGUAUAUCACCAACAAGGAGGCCAAUCCCACCCUGAACUCUUGACAUUCUCCUUCGCAAUGGGAGUGCUGGGUUUGGAAAUGUCUUCACGUGUGCAUGGGCUAAUGGAAGGCGGGGGGAGUUGGGUGGGCGGUGGUGGUCAAUAUUGGAGUAUAAAGCUGGGUACGAGGCCUGAUUGCUGCCUGAUUGGCUUCUGUAGGGGGGACCUCUCGUCAUAUCUGUGCAGUUCAACGCCCUGGUUCAGUGGGAAGAGUGAAUUCAGAUCUAGGUAUUGGUCCAUAUCACCAAAGGACACAGAGUAGCCAGAGUGUUAGCCAUUAGGAACAGUGAGCCGCGCCUUUCAUUUUGGUCUUGAGUUGGUGAAGUGGGUGGGUGGUUAAUGUGUGGAAGAAAGUGGAUCUCUGCCUGGAGGGACUUUGCUUCUUAUCCUCACGUAAACAAAAUAUAGAUAAACAGAAAUGUGGCAUGGAGGUUCUCAUUUACUGGCAGUUCUGACUGAGUGUGAGAAGAUGCUGCCUUUUACUGUCACAUAUGGAUUCGAGGUCACACUCUGCAGAUGUUUAUUAGGGAACUUGUCUGCCAAGUUGUCACUGGGCCUCAUAGUUGUGAUGUGGAUCUUGAUUUAAGCCAGAUUCUCCCAUCUGCAUUCAGAGCAAAAAUCCUUCCUUUGGAGAAACUGUUUAUUUCAGACUCUAGCUCAAGAUGCAAACAUUUCUGUGAGAGAGAGAGAGAGAGAGAAAGACAGCAAGAAAGAGGGAGUGUGUGUGUGUGUGUGAUACAAAUGUGUGUGUGAAAGAGAGAGGGAGGGUGUGUGUGUGAGGGAGGGAGUGUACAAGAGAGAAGGGGAGUGUGAGAGAGUGGGAGUGACCAUGAAAGAGGGUAUGAGUGUGAAAAUAAGAGACAGAGCCCACAGACAUGAGGGAGUGCACAAUUAGCUUGGUUGUGUGAACAGAAUCGGGAAUAAAAUGAAUAUAAAUUUGAAAUACUCAGCAAACCAGACACAUUUCACAUGUGGAACUGAUCUUCACCCUGCUGCAUUAACUCUGUUUCCCAUCGGCAAGUGCUGCCUGACCAGCUGAGUAUUUACAGUAUCUUUUUGUUGACAAAUUUCUAACAUGUUAAAGGCCAAGCUAUGCCUCUGAUUUUCCAGUCAGAUUUUACAAUGCUGUAGUGUUUAAGCAAAGGGGUGGGGUGGGGGGGGGAAGGCAGGAACAAGUAACUGGCAAGGCAUGAUGGUCCAAGAUGGGAGGUGAGGGACAAUAUAGAAGAAGUGGCAUCUAGGUCCAGCAGAGGAAGAGGCUGAUGUGAUUGGGUGUAGGGUGCUAGAAAAAUACUUAGGGUCAAGGUGAGGCAUUAAUUUAGGAAUAGGGACUCUGGAGCUAUUGCCCUUGGAGGAGAGAAGAUAAAGGAGCCAGGUCUAAGAACUCUAAGUUGUGGACCUUUAGGAGAAGCAGUAAGCCCUCAAGGAGAAGGGCCUGUGAUCAGAGUUCAUCAGUUUGCAUGUGAAGGGCAUUGGUGUACUUCAUGCAAAGGUGGUCACAUUCUGUAAACAGCUAUCCAGGCAGCGGGCUGAAAUCAGAAUAACUAGUCAAGGGGCCUGCUCAAAGGGCUUCUAACGAUUUUAAGGAUUCCGAGAUGGAAUUCUGUUUGCCAGUUUUGGUUAGCGGCCUGGACAAAUAACGAAUUUCCAACUAAUUCCCAUUCCUCAGAAAGUCUGUCUGUCAAGGCAGUUUGCGUUGGAUAUGUAAGCACUGAUGAGGCAUGGCUGUUGCCUGCUCUGAUAAACAGAGACCUUGCUCAUAAGUGGUAUAGACUGCGUGAGCCAUGAAGAUGUCAGUGUCCUCUUCACAUGCUCACAACUGGCUGCACGCAAAGAGUUUCACACAGCUGCAACACUGGCUCAUACUCAGGGUGCUAGCCUGCUGAAUGCCUUCUUCACCAUUUUGCGUGGCCACUUUCUGGGAGGGUUCAGCUUGCUACUUUAGUGCUCCCAGCACUACAGUAUCGAACAGGCCCUUUGGCCCACCUAAUCUGUGCUGAACUAUUAUUCUACCUAGUCCCACGACCUGCGACUGGCCCAUAGCUCUCCAUACACCUCUCACUCAUGAAUCUAUCCAAAUUUCUCUUAAAUCUAACGUGCUUCCUCCACUUCCACUGGCAACUUAUUCCACACUCUCACCAUCCUCUGAGUGAAGAAGAUUCCCUUACGUUCCCUGCACAUUUCACCUUUCACCCUUAAUCCUUGAGCUUGAAGUGGGAAAGGUUGCAUUGCUCUGAGUAGUGAAUAUUCUGUUAGAAAGUUUGAAUGGAUACUGAGCAGAUUAAAAGGAAUUGUAAUUUAGCUGGGUCAGAGACUUAUCUGUGGUUACCAAGGAAUGAUGUUUAGUGUCCCUGAAAAAGACAGCGGGCAAGAAUGGGCUCAGUUAUGCAGGAAACCAGGUUUUUAAAAGCGCCGAACCUUCAUUAAACUGACCCUAGGCCAAGAUGUAAGCUUCCGAUUGGAUUUUUGAGCUGUUAACCCAAAAUGUCUGCACUGAUCUCGAUAUCACCUCUGUUGUACUUUGUGCUGGUGUGUAUUUUAUUUAGUUAAUCAAUGCUCAAUCCUGUCAAUGGUUGAAUGUAAAAUCUGAAUAAAGGUUUUGAGAAUAUCUAGA